UGCACUUGGAGGUGAGCAAAUUGGUCAUCUUGGGCCCCAAUGGCCACUCAAACCAUUUCCACCAACGGUCUGGACCGUGGACUGACCACACUACUCGCAGUCCGCGUCAACACCACUGCAACCACCACCGUGCCGGAGGCCCAAAUCACGCGCCUUUCCCCGCUGCAACCCGGCACCUGGAAGCCACCCGCAGUUCACGCUUGGCUGACGGCCGACCCGACCCUCAAUCGUCGUAGCCCUCCCUCCGGCUCCGAUCCAUUACUCGCCAUGGACGCGGCGGGCGGCGAGCAGCUGAGCCUGGCCGCGGUGCGCGAUGCGCUGGUCCGGCUGGAGGACUCCGUGGUGUUCGCGCUCAUCGAGCGCGCCCGGCAUCCGCGGAACGCGCCGGCCUACGCGCCCGCCGCCGGCGGCGGCGGAGGAUAUUCGCUCGUGGAGUUCUUCGUCCGGGAAGCAGAGGCCCUCAACGCGAAGGCUGGACAUUAUCAAAAGCCAGAAGAUGUUCCAUUCUUCCCUCAAGAUCUUCCCUCGCCUCUCUUUCCUACCAAGCCUUCCCCAAAGGCUUUGCACCCUUUUGCUUUGUUGGUCACUGUGAAUGAUGCAAUAUGGAAAAUGUAUUUUGAUGAAUUGCUCCCAUUAUUCACUGUUGAUGGUGAUGAUGGUAACUAUGCACAAACAGUUGCACUGGAUUUUGCGUGUCUGCAGGUUCUAUCACAAAGAAUUCAUAUUGGUAAAUAUGUUGCUGAGGUCAAGUUCAAAGAUGCUCCUCAAGAUUAUAGUCGAUUAAUAAAAGCAAAGGACAGCAAUUCUUUGAUGGAUCUGCUGACAUUCAAGGCUGUGGAAGAGAAGGUUAAGAAGAGAGUAGAGAAGAAGGCCAGGACCUUCGGGCAGAACGUCACCUUGGAGGACAAUGCCACUGCCAGUGACAGCGAAUGCAAGGUCAAUCCUAAAGUGCUCUCCAAGCUGUAUGAUCAGUGGGUAAUGCCACUGACCAAGGACGUCGAAGUCGAGUAUCUCCUGCGCCGCCUCGACUGAUCACCGAUUAGCUGUAGCUGCAAAUUUUAUGUAUGCGUGGUUUUCAGUUUGUUGUGCCCAUGCCUUUAUUGCUUUAUCUUUAAAACUCAACUACGACUCUUCGAGAGAAUAUUACCAGGAUCUGGACUUCGUCUGUCUCAUCCUGCCUGACCAUCAUCUUCAUGAGUGUGUCACCCAUGAUAUGGAAUGUAGUCCAGCUGACCAGCUGCUUCCAUGUUAUCUUUAAGCGCCUGUUGUUCAUCUGGAAGUGGCUGGCAACACAGUAGGGCACCAAUUCUCUGGUUCAGAAACGUAUAUGUUUCUUGCUUACCUGACAAAUACUAAGCAAAAUAGUUACA